AAUGUGUGUAUAUGUUUUUUUUGGUUGUUUGGCCGGUUCAGUGAAUGUGUAUAAGUUUUUUUUUGGUUGUUUGGCCGGUUCAGUGAAUACAUACCUUUUUUAAUUCAUAUUAUAAACAAUGCCUAAGCUGUAGGACAUGCUUUAUUUAUAUUUAUCAAAUAAUGGUUUUAUUACCUACAUUUUAAAGAUAUAUGUUCUUAGACUAAUAUUUUUAAUUCUCGUGUACUUAUAUGCAUUUGACUUUUUUUAAUGUAGCCAUUAAUGGUUUGUUUCUAUUUGAGUGUUUUAAUUUGCGUGAACACGACCAAUGUAGUAUUCUUAUUUUGGAAUGGCAGUUUACGAUCAUAGUGUUCUUUUUUUUAAUGCGGCACUGUGUUUAUUUUGACAUUGCAAAUGUUCAAUACGCAAGGGCGUCGUGACCUUUUCAUCAAGUGGACAAUAUUCUUUUGAGGUUGCCUAAUGAAGCUCGUUUAUUUUAAAAUUGUUUCGAUCGAAAUUCAUAGCUUCAGGUCAAUAUUAAUUGCUACGAAAUUAAUUGUUAGUAUCACAUUUUUUUUGCAAAAGUGUCUUCUCUAAGCUAUUCGGAUUACAAACAUUAAACGGAAAGGUUAGGGUUUUCCUACCUAUUCUAGCAACCGCGAGGGAUUAUACUAGAAUAAGUGAGCUCACGGGGCUCAAACCUAAUGACGUUGCUAACACUAACCCUAGUAAGAGCAGUGCUUCGCAGAAUCCACCACCGGGUUAGAAAUGCGACCCACUAAGAAGAUCCGGCAAGAAACUCAGUGGACUGUGCCUAUAGGUUAAUUUACUCGCUAAAAGCCCUUCGUCGCAAGCGACGGGUUCGACGAGAACGAUGACCGGAUAGUUGAAAAAAAAACUGAAGAAAAAAAUUCCCAGUUUUUUUUUAAUUGCGCCAUUUUCCAUCCCAAAAUGUUUGGUAUAGAUUAGAUGUUUUGUAAUACAAGUUGAGCUGUAACACUUCAAUGGGGUGCGGCAAAUAGCAUAAUGCUAAAUGUAUUGAGUUUGCAAUAUUCGGUUAAAAACAUCCAAUAAAUAAGGAAUAUUAUGUAUUGGCAGCUUGAAAUGCCUAAGUGUGUGAUUAACCAAAACCGGUAAAUUAAAGGAAAAAAAAAUCGGUUGUCUGUAAAGUCGGUUUACUGCACUGAAGUAGGAAACUUAUGGAAAUGAAACGUCAACCAAAAAUUCGUGCCACUGUGACGUCAUCUGGCCACAAAACAUGGCGGUUUUAGUGCUGUACAAAAGAUUUCAAUGUUAUCAGGUUUUAUCGAUAAACGUUCUUGGCUCAUUUUAUUUUAAAUAUUGUUGAGUAUUCUUUAUUUGUAGAAUUUAUACUUUAAUGGGAAGUAAGUAGGUAUAUUGUUAUGUGCAAAUAUGAUAUGAUUUAGAUGGGUGAAAUCUAAGACAAGUUCGUCCUUCGAAUUUGCCAAGUAAAUGAUAUGAUGAUUUUUAAAAGUUGCUACACUGAUUUUAUAAAGUUGUUGUUUGUCGCAAAACUUAUAGAUAUGGCGUAGUACAGUGCCAUCUGCCCAUUUCUAGCAUGCUGAAUGUUAUCGUAUUUUGAGUACGUGUUUUUCUUAGACUAUUACAAUCUAUUUUAAUUGUUUUGCUGACUCUAAAGUCCGUAACACACUACCGCAGCCCACCCCAAGGAAGGUGCGCCGCACCAUUUGAAUCACUUUCACUUGAGAGUGAUUCAAAUUUUAAACUUAUCAAGGGACCGCGUGAAAAAAAAAAUACCUACAGAACAUUUAUUCAUUAUUAAAAACGUCAUUCCUUGUGACUUUCUCUCUAAAAUCACUUAAUUAUUAAAUAUUUAACGAAUUUACAAUAGUGUUAUAAAACUAUUUUAUUUAAAUAGUUCCGACGACUUUCUUGAGAUCCUAUAAAAUAUGUUUUAAUUAUUAUUUUUGUAUGUUUUAAGCAUGAUAAAAUAAGAAAUUUUAUAUAAGCAAUCAUAUUAAAUCGAUAUCAAAGUCAAUAAAUAAUGUACAACCCAAAACAGACGGCCGAACUGACGUGACAAUGACAUUUGGCGCGCUAAACAUGGCGGAUUUUCGGCCUCAUUAGACGGAGACGGAGACAUUUACGUAUAUUCAUGUUUCAUUUUAUGUACGCACUGAAAUACUGUUAUAUUGUUUUCCUGCGAGUUAAAGUGCUGAGUAAGAACGAGAUAGAUAUAUGUUUAUGUAUGUGCCUUCAAAAUGGGUGCUAUUUAUAUAAGCAAUUGUACGUAUAGAACAAUAUGUCGUGUCCCUACUAUAUAGGUCUAUGGUUUACUGACGAUUGUUGAACGUGACAACGCCAUAAGAAAAUACUGAUGGAAUGGUUCCAUUUUUCAAUUAUCGCAAUUAUCGUUGCUAUAAACAAUUGACACCACAUUCACUUUUCACUGAACUUCAUACUUGACGAAAACAUGUAAAUGUAUUCUUGUAUAGCAGCUGUCCACGCGGAUGCAUCGCUCACUCAAGUAGGAGAGAGACAGAUGUCGAACGCUGCCGAACGCGGAGGCCGAUUAUGCCUCUUUGUCGCUCGUUGCGCGCUCUCGCUUGCACUUUAAGCCUUAAAUGGAACGCCUCAGAGCGAGGUAACGCCGCACGAGUCAUGUUUUUUCGUGCGUGCAGCCGGCUCUAUCGAAUUAUAAGACGCUGUCACGUCAAAAAUACCUACUUGACGUUCGAUUGUUCAACUGAAUUUCCUUGUGAUAAAGACGACUAUAAUUAAUUAAUACAACGCUAUUUCAAAUUAAUUGCUGCAUCCAUGUGGUUUAUCUACGAUUACUCGUUUUGCCGUUCAUCUUUUAAUUGGUUAUAAGAAGGACGUUUUGAUAAACAAGCCCACUGAGUUUCUCGCCGGGUCUUCUCAGUGGGUCGCGUUUCCGAUCCGGUGGUAGAUUCUGCGAACUUUUUUUUUUUUCCUACCUAAGCUGAUAGCCUUGAGAGGCUAUUUCAGCGGAACCUUAACUAUUAGGUGAGCUCACGGGGCUCAAACCGGAGCAUUGCUAACACCGGCCCUAGCAAGAGCAGUGCUUCGCAGAUCUCUACCCGAUGAUAUGUAGGCGAAGUAAAAUGUCCCUUAGAAAUAAGGUGACACUCUACAAAACUUGCAUACACCCCGUCAUGACCUAUGCAAGUGUAGUGUUCGCUCACGCGGCCCGCACUCACUUAAAAUCAUUCCAAGUCAUUCAAUCCCGUUUUUGCAGGAUAGCCGUCGGAGCCCCGUGGUUUCGUCGUGACGCAGUAAUGCGUUUCGGUUUGAAGGGCAGGGCGGCCGCUGUAACUAUACUGAGACCUUAGAACUUAUAUCUCAAGGUGGAUGACGCAUUUACGUUGUAGAUGCCUAUGGGCUCCAGUAACCACUUGACACCAGGUGGGCUGUGGGCUCGUCCAUCCAUCUAAGCAAUAAAAAAAAAUCGAUCUGUUCCGUUUGGUGUCCAAAACUCGAGAUGCGGUCAGGCCAUUACAUAAUUGACAGUCGCAUCUACCAGCGCAACAUGUAAACUUUAUACGAUGUGUAUUAUAUACGCAUGCGCGCGCACUGUACUCAAAACAUUACAUAUAAAAAAUUUAAUGCACGUCGUGUUUAUGCCAAUUUUCGCAAGCGAUGCCAUGGUCCACGUGGGAGUACCGGAGCAGACAUUUGGGCAGCAGAGACGGAAUUAAGACUCCUCUCUCAACUAAUUUGAAUCGCGUAUUACCUCUGAAAUCCACCUCUUGUCGGCCCCCAUUAGGAGGUCAUCGUACCACCUAGUCAGGGGCAAGAGGUGGAUGAGGAGUGCCGAAGAUCGGGCCCAGUGGUGAGGAUUGGGAGAGGCCUAUGUCCAGCAGUGGACGACUGGGGGCUGAUGGUGAUGAUUACCACUGAAAUAGCACUACAAUAGAAAUAAUACGCUAGAUACUUAGGAAAAGUCAAAUAUAAACUUCAGCAUGAGUCGUCUUCGUACAAAUAAAUAAUAAUAAAAGCAUGGUUCACAUGUGUUUUAUAUCUGACAAAAUCGACCAACACUUAUUGCUGCACUGAUAAACAGAUAAAGCUAAAAAAAAAUUUUUUCUAAUAAAAUUCAAUUUGCUUUAUACCAUUUAAAGGCGCUUUGAAAAUGACUGAAAAUUUCGCUCAGUUUCUAAACACCCUUAGAAAAAUUAUUAAUUGUAAUACCGAAAUUACUGAUGCUUCACAUUCGAAGAAACAAUCAUUCUUUGAACAAAGCUCCUAUAGCUUAAUACCUGACGCUCAGCCACAUAGCAUAUCGAGGCACGUUCUGACAAAUAAAAGUAAUAAAGAUACCUACUCAGUGUAUUGAUCUGCCUUGAACCCGUCAUGCACUGAUAAAUGUCAUACAAGCAUUCACAAUACAGGCGAUUCACCUGUACAUAUAAUUAUCUCGAACCAUUUGUUGCCGUUCAGAAACUUUAAAUGAAUGUAAAUCAAACGCAAAACUUGGAUUAUGUCGUUUAGUUGUGAAACUCGUCAACAAAUGAGCACUCCAAGUCAUAACCUAAUUAGAUAUAGUAAUGUGUAAUACACUAUCGUCUUGCCAACUAGUUUUUCAAAGAGCAACGCUAAUAUCAUUACCGUGUUUGUGCUCAUGGAAUUAGCAAUCUUCACAAGUCUUAGAUUCGAUUAUUGGCUAUUAAUAACUCUCAAUUUCCUUGGUUUGUGUUUUGCUGGGGGCCUUUUUUGUACGUAAUUUUUUGCAAAAUCCGCGGGUUCUUUAUAUCUAUCUAUACGUGAAGCAAAAACUUUGUAUCCCUUUUUAUGAAAAUUGCGCGGACGGAGAAGUAUGAAAUUUCCCACGCUUAUAGAGAAUAUAGGGAAGGAAUGCAGAAUGUUAAUAUUUUUUUAAAUUAUGCAUAAAGAAUACCUACAUUGAAUCAAUAAAAAAAAACAUUACACACACUACCAUGUAUUUGACACACACACGCAUGCAUACUAUUUGUUUACUGUCAAACUUUUCUUAUUGCUUAUAGCCUGUGAAAAGUUGAGAAUAGAAUAAACAUUGUUUGUCUUUAUUAAUAUUUGUAUAAAGUAUAGUGUUGGAAAAAUCUGGGAUUACAGAAGUAGAAUGUCUUUGACAAUAGAAUCUUAUUAGUGUACAAAUUUAUAAUUUCGAUUGCCAGGGAACUAAUAGUAAUGACUAAGAUGCCCGGGAUAUCAAGUGGUUUCGCGUGAUGCGACCUUGUCGGCGAGUUCGCGUAUUGUGAAUACGUGCGGUUACCAAAACCGUACGUACCUAUUUCUACCAUGAAUCAAUCGCGGUGUUUAAAAAAGAACAGCUAUAAUUACAAUACAAUAGGAAAUUUGAAUUCAAUUUUCGAAGCGACCGGUUAAAAUAACUUUAAAUAUACAUAAGCUUCGAAAGAUGAAUGUUCUAUGCAAUUCUUGAUAAUAGUAAAAGACCUUCAUUUCUAGUGUAGUUGAGACCUUUUUUAGCUUUAUUAAUUAGUUAGUUUACACAAUGACCUCCCGCAAGAGAAAGAAAAUGACAAUCCAUAUAUCCAUAACAUCCAGUUGCAAAAAACAUAGCUUGUCGAUUAAAAGACUCAAUAAACUUGAUACAAUUUAUUUGGUUUUUUUUUCCUUCUAAUAUUUUAUUUGCGAUAUUUUUACGUGCGUUAAACAUUGGUGAUCAUAAUGGCGAAUUGAACGGCCUUAAACGGAGCACAGAUGAUUUUGUUUACAUAUUGGCGCAGGAUUUUCAUACAUACCUAAUAUCAUCCGCUAUCUUUCUACGUAGCGUUUUUAUUAAAUCCCCAUAAUACGGCAACAACAAGACCAGUUAACAGCGAUAUUACGAGUAUAUAAGCUAUAAUAUUGUAUCAACUAUAUGUAUAUAUGGGUAUAUAUAUUUACACUUACAUAUAGGAGGUAUGUAUUUGUAUUUUAAUUAACAUUUCAAUACACCACACCUUUGGCUGACUGAUAGAGAAUGCUUUAGGCAUUAAGUUCGCGAAUGUAAAAAUAACAUGGAGUGUAAUAUACUUAUAAGCAAAUACUAUUAUAUACACGACAACUUAAACACCCAACAUAUUUAUGCUCUGUAAUUUUCUGAAGUACCUAAGCGCCCUCUCUAAAUUUCCCCGAUGAUUUUUUUUUUAUUGCUUAGAUGGGUGGACGAGCUCACAGCCCACCUGGUGUUAAGUGGUUACUGGAGCCCAUAGACAUCUACAACGUCAAUGCGCCACCCACCUUGAGAUAUAAGUUCUAAGGUCUCAAGUAUAGUUACAACGGCUGCCCCACCCUUCAAACCGAAACGCAUUACUGCUUCACGGCAGAAAUAGACGGGUCGGUGGUACCUACCCGUGCGGACUCACAAGAGGUCCUACCACCAGUAUAAUAGACGGGGCGGUGGUAAAUAGACGGGGCGGUGGUAAUAGACGGGGCGGUGGUAAAUAGACGGGGCGGUGGUAAUAGACGGGGCGGUGGUAUUAUAUGUUUUCAUCAAUUGUAACUUAAAGCUAUUUAUUAUCUUAAAAAAUUCAAUCGUUUCAGUAAUUUCUUUACACUAAUAUUUGAUUUUACUCACAUUAACAUAUCCACACUAUUUAAAUGUAUCGAAAAACAAUGAGAAAUCUUACUUUACAAACGCCGUACUAUUGUCGAAUUGUACUGUUAUCUUUAACUCACAAUAGUUUGAAGGUUACGGAAUAAGCAAUGUGGUUUAUCUCUAUUCAGAAUGCACGUUCAAGGGUUUCGGUUUUUAGGUUAAUCCAGUAUUUUGACAUUCUAUAAAUGACCAACUCAACAUUUUUUGUGAGGUCAAUCGAUUACUGGUACUCAAAAAUAAAUAAAAUAAAAUAAAAAAGCCCUUUAUUCCGUGCAAUUAAUUUUCUUUUUUUGUAUAUUACUAAAUAUAUAUUAAAUGUAUGGACGCCUCUCAGGUAAAGGCCUCCUCCAAAGUUAUCCAUUUUGUUUUGUCUCUGGCGACAUAAAUCCAGUGUGGUCCAGCAACUUUUCUAAUAUCAUCCUCCCAACGCGUGUAUGGUCUACCGACGCGCCGCUUGCCCUGUGGACCGUCCCACGCAGUUACUUUAGAUGUCACUGUCAUGUCAUACUGCAACGUUAAUAACCGUUAAUUGGUUAGUUCAUUACUGUGGUAAAAAUAAAAGUUACCUACCGCUCGGAGGGGGGCUAACAGAUGCCCGAGCAUCCCCGAAGGAGUCUUAAUUAACAACCGCAUGAGCACCACGAGUGGGUCUACUAUCAGAAUGACGGUGUUGGCUUUUUUUUUCCUAUCUAAGCUGAUAGCCUUGAGUGGCUAUAUCAGCGUCGCCUUAACUAGUAGGUGAGCUCACGGGGCUCAAACCUGAUGACGUUGCUAGCACGAACCCUAGCAAGAGCCGUGCUUCGCAGAAUCUACCACCGGAUCGGAAACACGACCCACCGAGAAGAUCCGGCGAGAAACUGAGUGGGCUGUAUCUGAGGGUUAAUUUACUCGUCGAGCUCUUCGUCGCAAGCGACGAGUUCGAGGAGAACGAUGAGCGGUGCUUGAGGUACCUAGAAGCACCGUUAGUGGAUCGGGAGGAUCCGAAAUGACGUGUUUGGGGCGACGUCGACUGCUUUCCAUUCUGCCCACAGGAUCGGGAAUGUAAUUACCGGCGGCCACGAUGAGAGGGUGCUCGUGUCGUGCCGCUUUAUCGAAGUGGUGUUUUAUGUAGAAUUCUUUGGUGACUACGUCGAGUAGGUGAUUUGGUUGCUGCUAACGUUAGCACUAGGAACAUCCAACAACACUGAAAGUGUCUAGAGCACCUUUCCAAAACAAAUAGUUAAUCCUGAAGCAAAACAAUUUCAUAAUAGAUCUACUAAUAUUGAAGCGCUCCUUAUCAUUAUCCCCUAGCGCUCAUCUAUCUCCUAUAAUUCAUUUUGAUCACACUGUCGAUUUAAUUAUCUACACUCGAUCAAUACAUCACUAAAAUAGAUCAGCGGCACCGAAAACUCAGUUACCUGCGCCAUCUAAUAAUAGUUUUAGAUGUGUUCUCGUAGCUAUGUAGCUCGGUGAAUACAAUCAAUGGACAAUUGAUUUUCUAAAUAGUUUCAAUUAACGACCAUUAUAGACACAUGAAUGUCUCUGUAGCAAAUGAUAGUGAUAAUAAAAUCAUUUCUAUUCACAUUAUUUGUUUAUAUACUGCUGCACGCUUUUUUAAAUCUUGAGAAUAUUGUAAUAAUGAUUUUUUUUUAUUGCUUUGAUGGAUGGACGAGCUCACAGCCCACCUGGUGUUAAGUGGUUACCAGAGCCCAUAGAAACCUAUAACGUAAAUGCGCUACCCACCUUGAGAUAUAAGUUUUAAGAUCUCAAGUAUAGUUACAACGGCUGCCCCACCUUUCAAACCGAAACGCGUUACUGCUUCACGGCAGAAACAGGCAGAGCGACAGUACCUACCCGUGCGGAUUCACAAGAGGUCCUACCACCAGUAAUUACGCAAAUUAUAAUUUUGCGAGUUUGAUUUUUAUUACACGAUGUUAUUCCUUUACCGUCGAAGUCAAUCGUGAACAUUUGUUGAGUACGUAUUUCAUUAGAAAAAUUGGUACCCGCCUUCGGGAUUCGAAAACCGAUGCAUCGCUCAACACGAAUGCACCGGACGUCUUAUCCUUUAGGCCACGACGACUUCACGAAUUAACAAAUAAUUUCGAAAUUAAACUAUGUGCGAACGGUUUUAAUAGGCACUAGCUGACCCGGCAGACUUCGUAGUGCCUCAAUCGAUAAAUAAAAGCCCUAAACUUUUGUAUAAAAUAAACUUAAAACAAACAAAAGGAAUCCGUCCGACGGGGGACACAUCAAAGGAAAAACAAAAUUGUUAUUUUUAUUUAGUUCCGAGCUUUUUUUUUUACCUUUUAAACCUUCUCUGGACUUCCACAAAUAAUUCAAGACCAAAAUUAAUCAAAUCGGUCCAGCCGUUCUCGAGUUUUAACGAGACUAACGAACAGCAAUUCAUUUUUAUAUAUAUAGAUUUCCUGGAUACUCGUUCGACAUACUAUAAACACGUGCGGCAUAAAUCUUCGUUUAAAUAUUAAAACAGCAUAUGGUUCAAAUCAAAAUAAGCUUUCUUCGUAGGAAACGUUUAUUGAUUGAUACAGAAUUCGCGUAAUCUCCGUAAUGCAGCGCGUAUAUUAAUUCUAGCAAGCUCUGACGGGAAAUUAUGUUUUCAAAAGAAUAAUUAGUUGGCAUUAGCUCUCGAUAGUGCAGAGAGGUGUAGUGGAUAUAAAUGAGCGAUAAUCUUGAAACGAUGGCGGACAAAGAGAACAAAAUGGACAAAUUAAAGAAGAACUUCAUAAGAAUCCAAGGUAAAAUCCAAGAUAGAAUGGAUGAUAUACACGAUCAAGUACAGAACAGAAUAGAGAGAUCGAAAAUUUCACGAUUCAUGUCACAUAUAUCUUCGGAAGAGAGAAGUUCAAUAGAGGAUAAUCAAGAAGAAAAAGAAGACGGUGCUUGUACCGAAUCCGUAGAAGUUCGAGAAAACACGAGUAGAAUUCCACAUGUUGUUGUAGAUGAGCCUCCGGAUACGAACCAAGAUCCUAAGGAUAUCUGUAAGCACUUUAUAAGUAUUGAAAAGGAAAAUGUUCUGUACAAGAAGAGAAGUAAAUCAGUCACAAAUCUGUCAUAUGACGAUGAAUCAAACGAUUACAGUUCCACAGACUCCUGCGUCUCCUGUUUCUCAUCUAGCGAUGAAAGACCAACGGAACUGCGACCCAGGGCAGGCAGUCUGCCAGGGCCCCACCCGGACUUGCAAACAGCCUUCAGUUCGUGCACUGAGCUCAUCGAGAAAAUCGGUAACCGCUUCCCGAAGCUCAAAAGCAGAGGGGACCGAAUUCACAGGUACCUGCUCAAAAAUACUAGGAUAAACGAUGUCAACAAGAGGCUCAAAGCACAAAUAUGGAGUUCAGUGGUGACUAUAGUAUUAGUCGAAGCCAAAAACCUCUCGGCCAUGGACCUUGAUACAAGGUCGAGUGACCCUUAUUGUAAGUUUAGGUUAGGUAACGAAAAAUACAAGAGUAAAGUGGUGUGGAAAACGCUACAUCCGUCGUGGCUGGAGCAAUUCGAUUUACAUUUGUACGACGACCAGGAACAAGUUCUGGAAGUGACCGUAUGGGACAAGGAUAAGCAGACCAAAGACGAUUUUUUAGGGCGAUGCACAAUAGACUUAUCGAAAUUGGAAAGAGAGAAGACUCACAGUAUGUGGAAGGAACUGGAAGAUGGAAAUGGACAAAUCUUUUUAUUGUUAACGAUAAGCGGAACAACGCAGUCCGAAACAAUAACCGAUUUGACGAGCUACAAGGAAAAUCCACGGGACUUGGAAAUCAUCGAACGUAGAUAUACGUGGUACAGAUUAAACGAAACAUCAGCCGGGGUCGGUUGGCUAUGCGUCAAGGUGUACGGUGCCAAAGGUCUGGCUGCAGCCGAUCUGGGCGGGAAAUCCGACCCGUUCUGCGUAUUGGAGCUUGGUAAUGCGAGACUGCAAACACAUACCGAAUACAAGACCUUGACACCGAAUUGGAUGAAGAUAUUCACUUUCACGGUAAAAGACAUAAGCUCGAUAUUGGAAUUGACCGUGUAUGACGAGGAUCACGACCACAAAGUCGAGUUUCUAGGUAAACUGGCCAUACCGCUUUUGAACAUAAGGAACGGUGAGAAGAGAUGGUACGCUCUGAAGGACAAGAAGAUGAGGGCGCGAGCGAAAGGGAACUACCCUCAGAUAUUACUGGAGAUGUUGGUCGUAUGGAAUCCGCUAAAAGGCGCGAUCCGAGUUGUGAAUCCAAAAGAGCCAAAGUACAUGCACCAAGAGGCCAAAUUCAAGAGGCAGUUGUUCAUAAGAAAUGUUAUGAGGCUGAAAGCCAUAAUUAUGUGGUUCAUUGAAGUCGGCAAGAUCUUGCAGGAUUGUUUUGAAUGGGAAUCAAGGAUCCGAUCGUUUCUGGGCCUCCUCGCUUGGCUAGCCUUUUGUUAUUAUUACGAAAUGUGGAUGCUUCCCUUCAUGCUGCUCAUGUUCUUCGCUAGGAACUGGCUUGUUUAUAGAUUGACAGGGGGUAACCCUUUGCUAGUUCCGGUUGACGAUGAUGAUCUCUUGGCUGAAGAAGACGACGAAGAGGAAAUAGAUAAGGAAGAAAAGAAAUCUCUUAAAGAAAGAUUGCAAGCUAUACAGGAAGUAACACAAACAGUCCAAAACGCCAUAGGUUAUGUCGCGUCGCUGGGUGAAGCUGUCAAAAAUUUAAUGAACUUCACUGUGCCAUAUCUGAGCUAUUUAGCGAUUACAAUGUUAUUCGGGGCGAUGUUGGUACUAUACGUAAUACCUUUGAGGUACCUCCUAAUGGCUUGGGGAAUAAAUAAAUUUGCGAGAAAAAUUUUAAGACCACACACGAUACCAAACAAUGAGGUUUUGGAUUUGUUAUCGAGAGUACCAGACGAUGAGACUCUUUUGGACUGCAGAGAACUGAAGACGCAUCCACCGAAUGAGCGAAAAGACGCUAGAAAAAAACAUAAAGCAUCCUAGCGAAUUUCUUUUAAGAACAAACUUAGGUUAAUGCCACACGAAAACUCAAACUUCGAAUGAUUUGUAUUGUCUAUGGAGCGAAAAAUUAAAAAAAAUCAGUAGAUUUUUCGUCACUAAAAUGAAUAUAAUUAAGACAAGGUAGAAAUUCUAGUGACUACCAUUCUCUCAUAAUACCGUAUUCUGAAAAGGGAAAACAAUAAUUAAAGACUUAUUAUGUGAAAUAAAAGGAGAGGCUGUCUGUCAAAGGCUAUAUAAAAAAAGAAAAAAAAAACAUAAAUCUGAUUAAUAUUGCAUAAUAUCGACCAAAUGUGACCAUAAAUUUAUAAACAUAGAGAAGAAAACGAAAGUCUGCGCCAUCAUGCAAAAUCAUGCUUCUCAAUCUUUGUAUUUAUUAACUAAAAAUAAUGUACAUAAUCAAAAAACAAAAACAAAAUUGAAAUCUGUUUUCAAAUAUGAGCGUCUUACUUUUACGCUAAAAUAAAAAAUAUAUAUAAAUAAAGCACGAAAUACAAAAUUAUGAAGCCAAUGAACUUCCCCCUUCGGUAUAAGUUCCACAGAUUAGGAUACAACAAUCUCUAAUUUAAUAGUCAGAUAUGGAACAAAAAAUCGGCUAUUCCUAAUUAUCAUUCUACUCUCGCUUCCCAUCACAAAUUAAAAGCAAAAAUUUACUAUAUCAGAAUUUUUAGCUUGAUUUAAAAUUCGCCAUACACUAAAAUUUAAUGUGAACACAAAUCAACAACCCGAUUAAGGAAGUUGGCGGGAAAUGAAAUACGUAAAAUGUUUUCAUUUGUGUCUCAAACUUCGAGAAAUACAAUAAGAAAUACAUUAAAUGCGUACCAUGCAUCCGUGCCGGUCAGACAAGUGUUCCAAAAGCCAUUUGUCAAGUGUCGGGCAGAUUGUCGGAUCCUUCCGGCAUACUUCUGAAACUUACCGAAUUGGCUCGGGUGUGCGUAUGCGUCCAAGCUAAGAUUACUUUCUGAAACAUAUUUUUUCCCAUCGAUAUAUUAUAUUAUCACUAAAGGUCGGAGUAGGUAGAUUGAUUUAAGGUCGUUGACGUCAAACGUAGAGGAUAAUAUGGAUAUGUCUCCAAAAUACCGGAACUUCAUAUUUAUUGUGAUAUUUGUUACGGAAUUUAGAAAUUAGCAUGAAUCUGUGUUUAAGGUGAAAACCGUAUUAAUAAUAUUAAUCUACGCUACCAGUGCUAGCUAAUGGUGAAAGAAAUCAGUAUUUUAUUUUUUACAAAAACACCAUAGAAUAUUUACACCGUAUUUUGUCCCUUUCUGUUGAAUUAGAAAUGACGCCUGUCAGUAUGAGACAAAACUUAGACAGGGCUUUUUGUUACUUUAUCUCAUAAAUAUAGAUUUUGUAUCCGAUGAGGAUUAAAAAUAUAUUUUUUUCAAUUAAAAAAAAAAAAUAUUAUGGAUAAAAUGCCAUGUCCAUAUUAUAAUAAAAUAUCUUGACCCAAGUAUAUAAAAUCAAUCUACCUACUCCGACCACCGAUUAUCACAACUCACCAAAAUAAACGCAUCUUAUUAAUGCAAUUUGUAAAUGUAACUUUUACUAAUUAAAAGUUGAUCGAAGAUUGAAAAAAAUAUUAUAAUUUUUUAUUUUAUUAUAACAAGAUAUUCCUCAAUAUUUUGCUUUAUAUUUGCGUUGAAAUAUAUUUUUAGGAACAUAACCGUAAUAUUAAGUGUUUUGAAUCUAAAUUUUUCAAUUGAUCUGUGAUUUAAAUUUGAUCUUUAGAUGUGAAUUGAUUUUUAUAAUUAAAAUAAGAAACACAAUGUUAUGACACCAAAUAUAAAAUUUAUUGUUAUAAGUACAUACCUACCAAUAAUAUUACCUUAUUGUGAAUAAAAUGUCUAUUAUUGUAACCUUAUAAUAAACGUUUCUUCCAAAAAAAUUCCAUUCGCGAGUUAGUUUGUGCUAGAUGAGUACAAUUUGUAAUUACAUUAAUAUUUUCUGUAAUAAUUUUACGACAUAAAAAUAUAAUUUAAUAGUAAAUUAAUCAAUUUGAGAGAAUGUUAUGUGCUUGAUGCUUUAACAGUUUUGUCUUUUAUUUAGCCCUUUUACUGAAAUAUUAAUAAAUCUAGGGCUUAAUCGAAAAUUUGAAAAUUGCUUAAUGAAAUACUUAUUUUUAUUAAGUCUCAGUGUUCGGUAUUUUUGUGUCGUAGAAAGAUUACUUAAAAGUUAGAUAGAUAGAUUUUAAAAUUGUUACUGAAACUAUCACAUAGUUAAUGAUAUUUAAGAAAUAAAAUUUCAUCAUUUUAUAAUUGUUGACAUUUAUGGCAUGAGAUAGUUUUUUUUUUUUUUUAAAACGAUUAAUGCAUUUAUAUCCCAAAAUUUAAGUAUGUAUGUGAUGCAUCAUGAAUAGUGAUAGAUUAGAUAGGUUUUUGAAUACAGCCGAUUUUAUAAAAAAAAAGUUUUUGAUGUACAGAUUUUUUUCAGUGCAGUUUAUAAAUUUAAAAAAUUGUUUGAUAAGUAGAACAUUUUUUAUGGUUCUCACAACAAUGUUAUCAUUUAAAUGAGUUUUUAAAUAAGCAAUUUUUUUAAGAAUUCUAGUCGAUGUGGUCAGAAUCACGUAGUUACCUAAUACAUUAAAUUCCUUUCUCUUGAAUUACAUUUUAAACUUAUUCAUUAAAAUAAAAUAUCUUUCUUUGUAACUUUUCAAAGUCUAGAAACAGUAUUAGAAAGGUAUCGCAAAUGUAUCAUAAUUGAAAAUGAAUCUGAUACAUUUUGAAGGUACGUCGUCGAUCGAUAAUAAAAUAUCUCACCUUUAGUAUUGAAGUAACUUAACAAAAAAAAUUAAGAAAAUUACAUUUUUACUUUGAACGUCUUUUAAACAUGUAUUCUAUAAGAUUGUAAUUUUUUUUUUUUUUAUUAAAGUCAAAUUUAAAUUUUAGUCUAGAAAAGGACAAAGUACGCUUGCCGUCUCUUUUAAAUCAAACUGUAAGGUUUUAAAUUAGAGUGUAUUAAAAGAUUUGUAUUAAAAUCGAACCAUUAAAACAAUGCUUCAAUUACAUUUUUUGCGUUUACCAAAAAACUAAAAUUUUGGAUUAAGCCACUUUAAUUCUAAACGUGCGAUAUUAGAAUCAUAGAAAUGUGAUUCAGUAUUUCAAUAUCAUCAGUCUUGUGAUUUAUAAGUUUCAGGAAGUUCUCUACAAUGCCAACAUAUUUAUUUUUGUUGAUCAAUUUUAAAUUUCUACAAUAACUGUGUUAUGCAAUUAGUUGAAAUGUAUUUAAUUCUUUUGUCGUUCGUGUAUUAAUUGUUUGAAAAUUACAAACAUGAAACAUGCACAGAUUACUAUCACUUAAUGCACAGUGCACACAAUUUUUUUAUAUCAAAGCUUUUUUAUAUCAAAAAUUUUGAUGCAAAUUUUUAUGUGAUAAGUUAAAUUCGACAACCUAUUUAAAUAUAAACCAAAUAAAUGAUGAAGUAUUCUAAAUCAUUACAUCCAAAUCCUGAUUACUACCUAAACAUUUUGUCUGAGUUAAUUUCCUUUUUUUUUCAGUCAAAACUACAAAAGUGUUCAAUUAAUAUAAAAAGCACAAAAAUAUGUAACGUUCCAGCUUUUCUUAAUAAAUAAAAAUUAAAAUACGCUUCUUCUUAUUGAAUACACACGUAAUAUCAAUUUAAUUGUUAAUAUUGACCAUAACAUUAUUUUGAGAAAUAAAAAAAAUUGUUAAACA